UGACUACUCCUAUAACUACUGUAACAGAAACAACAGAAACAACAGAAACGACGGAAAUAACUCCCACUAUUACGACUACAGUGAUUAUACCAAUAAUAGAAGUUAACACCACUACGGAAACGCCUUUCAUUAUUACGAUAACAACAGAAACCACAACUGAAACUACAAUUCUCACAACAGUGACCACUCCAGUUACUACUAUAACAACGGAAACAACUCCUAUUACUCCCACUACAGUAAUUACACCAACAAUAGAGGUUACAACCACUACUACAGAAACACCGUUCGUUACUACUUUAACAACAGAAACCACAACUGAAACUGUAAUAAUAACAGUGACUACUCCUAUAACUACUGUAACAACGGAAACAACAGAAACGACAAUUCCCACCACUACAGUGACGACACCAAUAAUAGAAGUUAUUAACACAACUACAGAAACGCCUUUCAUUACAUUAACAACAGAAACGACGACUGAGACUACAAUUUUCACAAUUAUUACUACUCCAAUAAUCACUGUAACAACUGAAACAACGGAAACUACGGAAACGA